GGGCCGGUGACCACUGAGAACGCAGGAUGUCCAGACAGAUGCUGCCAUUGCUGUUGAUGUUGGGAUGGUAGAUCCUGGUGGUGAACGCCACCUGUGGAAGCACAACAAGCCCCGUCAUCGGUGCCACUGGAGAGUACUGCAGAGCAGCAACCACAAACCUUGGGGGGUUUGAAAGGGUAGUCCGUGGGGAAGUGGAUGGUGAGGAAGAAGACGCCGCCUUGGUAGGGACUGUCGUGCUGUAGAGCAGACGGCAGUUAUUAUGACCAGCAUACGAGCGUUGUAACAUCAGUGAACUCACCGGGCCCAUGAUGGUCGCCUGCCAGUGGAACACUAAAAGACAGAAGAAGAGUUAUUUAUGCUCAUGACACCUGGACCCUGAGAAGGUUCUGGCUUCUUACUGUCUUCAUUACAGGGCCCGGCGGAGCACUGGGCCGGAGGGUCUCUGGACAGGUCGGUCAGUUCCUGAACACCAACACAAGUGUCAACAAGCAGCAGCUUCCUGCCUCACAGUACAAUGUUUGCUACGGUCAUGUCAUCAAUUGGGAUGCGCUCUGUGUGUCGACGUAAACAUCCGGUUCAUGUCUGUGCUGUGUUUGCUGAGAUGAAUUAAUGUUACUCCUCGUGUUUGAAACCAGACAUUCCUUCCAGCUGGUCCAGCGGGACCAAUAUGUGUGAGAGCAGCCGGAGGUCCGGCCCGACGAGCUCUCGGUUCGGAGGAGGAGCAGGUGUCCGAGGAUGGAAACAACGGCCGCUUCGCCUUCAUCGGACGACACGCCGUGAACCACUGCCGCCUCAAUCGUCAAGAAAGGGAAAUGUCUCAGAGUUAGAAGAGCGACGAGGGAAAUACCUUGGAGAUCCGCUUCAGAGCCAUUGGGAGAGACUGGGAGCAGCGCGGCUAACUGGCUAACAUCGACCUCGGAGCUAAUGCUAAGCUACCUCUCUAAACUUUCAUCAAACCGUUCAUCGACUGAGGGCCGACUUCAAAGGGACAGAAACACCCGGACCACGAUGAAGCGGCCGGUCCACCGAACACAGGAGCUUCAAGAUGUCCCCGGUCAAACUGGAUCAGCCGGAGGCAGCGGCACAGACGUCCCACUCUGCACACAAUCCGGUGACAGGAGGUCUCACUCUGACCGGGAAACAACUUCCGGGUUGAAGAGGAACAGCGAGCAUCGGACGGUCUGCCGCGGGGAGGCUUGACCAUGAAGGAGGAGCCGCUCCGGUCCUGGAUGCAGACCUCGGGGAUCCUGGAUGCCAGUGCAGCUGCACAGAGCGGUGUGUGCCUGGCCCGUGCCCACUUUGAGAAGCAGCCGCCGUCCAAUCUCCGAAAGUCCAACUUCUUCCACUUUGUCCUGGCGCUUUACGACCGCCAGGGGCAGCCCGUGGAGAUUGAGAGGACCAGCUACGUGGACUUUGUGGAGAAGGACAGGGAGUACAAUGGAGAAAAGACCAAUAAUGGAAUCCACUACAGACUGCAGCUUCUCUACAGCAACGGAAUCAGAACCGAACAAGACCUCUAUGUCCGACUCAUCGACUCCAUGACCAAACAGCCCAUCCUGUACGAGGGCCAGGACAAGAACCCUGAGAUGUGCCGGGUCCUCCUCACGCAUGAGAUCAUGUGCAGUCGCUGCUGUGACAAGAAGAGCUGUGGGAACAGAAAUGAAACGCCGUCUGACCCCGUCAUCAUUGACAGAUUCUUCCUCAAGUUUUUCCUGAAGUGUAACCAGAACUGCCUAAAGAACGCUGGCAACCCCAGAGACAUGCGGCGUUUCCAGGUGGUGGUCUCCACCACAGUCAACGUGGACGGUCAUGUGCUCGCUGUCUCCGAUAACAUGUUCGUCCACAACAACUCCAAACAUGGCCGACGGGCUCGCCGCCUGGACCCGUCCGAAGCAGCUACUCCCUGCAUCAAAGCCAUUAGCCCCAGUGAAGGGUGGACCACAGGGGGCGCCACAGUCAUUCUAAUAGGCGACAACUUCUUUGACGGACUGCAGGUCGUUUUUGGAACCAUGUUGGUGUGGAGUGAGCUCAUCACGCCGCACGCGAUCCGCGUCCAGACGCCCCCCCGUCACAUUCCUGGGGUGGUUGAGGUCACACUGUCCUACAAGUCCAAACAGUUCUGCAAGGGCGCGCCGGGACGCUUCGUGUACACGGCGCUGAACGAACCCACCAUCGACUACGGUUUCCAGAGACUCCAGAAGGUGGUUCCCCGCCACCCAGGAGACCCUGAGAGGUUACCUAAGGAAGUCCUGUUGAAGCGUGCGGCUGACCUGGUGGAGGCGCUCUACGGGAUGCCCCACAACAACCAGGAGAUCAUCCUGAAGCGGGCGGCCGAUCUGACGGAAGCGCUCUACAGCGCCCCCCGCAGUCACAACCAGCUCCCUUCCCUGACUGGCUCCACCCACUCAGCCAUGAUCGGGGUCAACACAUUCAGCAGCCAACUGGCCGUCAGCAUCUCUGAAUCUUCACAGGGAGAUCAAGGCUACUCCAGGAACUCCAGCAGCAUUUCUCCUCGGGGGUUUGUCCCCAGCUCCACCUCACAGUCUGGCUUCACCUCAACCAUGAACGGAUACGGACCCAACCUGUCUGUGUCCGGGUCCCCGAGCUUCCUGAAUGGGAGCUCGGCCAAUUCGGCUUAUGCAGCGAUGGCCGGCCUCAUUGUCCCACCCAUGUGAACCACAGAGCUCCAGCCGGCAGAGACGAGUCCCCACCUAUGCUUCUCCGUUUCCUCUUCUUCUGAUCUGAACACCUGACCCUCCCGACUGGUCUCACUUCCACUCAAGACUGUCCACAUGUUGUGGAGCAGGGACCACAAGCAGAGAUAGAGACAUCGUUUCCCAGAACACAGUCUGGCUGCUGUAGCGUAUGGUCAGUCGACUGUGGGACUUGACUAUGUUUUUUUUUUUUUGUACUUUCAUGGACUCUACAUUUGUGUUGACCUUUGUGUUGUUGAAUGUUCUGUGGUCAGGAUAUUCUUUACAAGUAUAAAUGUCGACUCUGCACUUUGGCAAGUGAGGGAACUGAGAGGUUUAACGUGAUGUGAUGUUUCAGUUUAAAUGUGUUUUUGAGCACUGAUUUCAGAAUCUGACUUUACAUGAAAAUUUUUCAGAUAAAAGUAACUGUUGAACUGUGCAGUUUCUAGGGUCAUGAGUGUGAAGCUCGCAGCUUGUACGUGGAACUGUUUGAGCCGAAGGCUGUCAUUUCCGUUUCCGGCUGCCUCUGAGGCGUCAGGAUCUGAGAAUGUAAUUAUUUGUGGUUUGCCAUCCCAAAAAACUGCCAACAUUCAAGAUGGCAAGUGAUUCUACCCCCUACUUAGCGACAGCUCAGUCACAUGUCCACAGUUGGUCCUGAGAAGACAAAAAAAGUCAGUCCAUCCACGACAUCUCACCCGUAACAGGAAAACAACUGACUGGAAAACAAUUGUGAGUCUGUUUCACCUUCAACCUAUUUCAAGGUCAUAGCACAACGUUAACAGGGUGCAGCUCACGGCUGCUCUGCAUGUUUCUGUUGCGACUUUUGUACACAAAACAGCAAAUAAAUUCAUUUCAGCAAAGAUUUUUA